AUGGGAACGGGAGACUACUCUCCAGACAGCGUAUGGUACUAUGCGCCCAAUAAAGCGGCCCCGAUCCUCUUCAUAGUCCUCUUCUCCAUCUCAGGAGCCCUUCACAUAUGGCAAACAAUCAAAUUCAAGUCCUGGCGCACAACCGCCCUCCUUCCUUGGGCCGCCCUCCUUAUGAUCAGUGGCUUCGCCGUGCGUCUUGCCGGCGCCUACGACACUUCGUCCCUUGCCUACCUGAUCGCCUCGACCGUGCUAAUCCUGUCUGGUCCGCCAGUCUACGCUCUGAUUAAUUACUUCAUCCUCUCCCGUCUUUUAUAUUACAUCCCUUAUCUCGCUCCCCUGCACCCCGGCCGUGUCGCAACGACCUUCGUCGGGCUCGACGCCGUGUGCGAGGUUCUCAUCGGACAGGGCGCAUGGCGCAUGGCUGACUCCAGCUCGUCUGACUCUCAGCGGGAGUUGGGUUCGCGACUUGUAAGUGCCUCGCUGUGCCUUCAGGCUGCGCUAUUCGGUGCCUUUGGGCUUCUAGGUAUGCAGUUCCAGCGACGCGCAACCGCAGCCGGCGUAUUGAAACCGCAUCUACGUACAGUUCUAUACGUCAUGUAUGUGAGUGCUAGCAUUGUUACGAUUCGCUGCAUCUACCGGCUAGUAGAAUACUUCUCGGGCUGGGACUCGGCUGUGUACAAGAACGAAACUUACUUCUGGAUCUUUGAGGCAGCGAUUAUGCUGAUUAAUACUGUCUUGCUCAACAUCUGGAACCCAGGGAAGCGGCUUCCGCCAUCUAAUUCCGUUUUCCUGGCAAGGGACGGAGUGACAGAGAGGAGGGGUCCGGGAUGGGGUGACGAUAGGCCCUGGAUCGUUACGGUGUUUGAUCCUUUUGACAUCUGGGGUCUUGUGAGGGGCAGGGAUAAAAAGACACAGUUUUGGGAUUUAAGUGACGCAGAACUUGAGGCGAUGCGGUUGGAGAAGAAGAGGAACAAGAGAAGUUGUGGACUUGCUUUCUUGGAUCCGUUUCACCUUUGGGGAAAGACGGGCUAUAUUGCGGGGUGGUUUGGUAAGACGAGGACGAGUGGACAACCUGUAACUGCCGAGGUGUCAACGGCACAGAUGAAGAUUCGUAGUUCGGAAGUGAAGUGCGAAGUUUGA